GCAGUCUGUUCAGGAAAAGGAUGGGAGCGGCAUGGCACAGGAUGCUUUCUAUCUUCAGUCACUUAUUACUAAUACAUUGCAUGAUGAAGGAUUUCAGAAAAUAAAAGAAUAUUUUCGACAGAGAGAGCGCCACGUUCCUCAAAAAUAUAAUAAUCUUUUGUUACACCAUCUUGACAGAUCAAUAAAUAAGGAGCUGGAUAAAAAUGAAUUUCUGUGUGCUUCGCUGUUGCUGAAAUGUGUUCAGCGAUUCUUCAUUGAUGGCCUCAAAGAAGAUGAGCCUUUGCUCAUUCAGCAGGGACUGAUCCCAAAGAUGGUUUCCUGGUUUGAAAGAACAACAGGAUUUCUGACCAUGCCAGACCUAGCCUCGGACAUAUAUCUGAUUAAUGUGACGGAAGACUUUUUUGACACAGCCUUGAUUAUUUCCAGAACUAGUAGUAAAGGGAAAAGUCAGAUGUUGGGUUCCUUCAUAUUUACCUUAGGAUUUCUGGUGACAGAAGAGAAUAUAAAUCAUUUGAUCCAGCAGGAGGCACUGAGGACCUUGAACUUCCUUCUGCAAGCUGUACCUCGGGAGGAGAGAAAACAACUUGUCUUGUCGGAAGGCUCGUGUCGUCUUAUGAAAGACCUUGCAAGGACAAUCUUGACUGUGGGUGAUUAUGACCAGCAGGUGGCUCUUUGUGAAGCAUUGUGUAGACUGACCGUGAAAAAAUCAAGGGAAGACUUUGUCCAUCAGUGGUUUGAAGAUGAUACCAUUGCUGAGGCUUUCAAAGAAAUUAAAGAUCGAGAAUUUGAGACGGAUUGUAGACGGUUUCUCAAUCACCUAAAUGACAGACUUGGUGACCAAAGAAGGGUCUAUUCAUUUCCAUGCAUUGCUGCUUUUGCUGAUGAUUUUGAGAUGAGAAAACCUGCAGAUGAAAAAUUAGAGAAAUUUUGGAUUGAUUUCAACCUAGGAACUCAGAGUGUAACUUUUUAUAUAAACAAUCCUGAGAGCGCUUUAUGGGACUCGGUAAGACUUUUGAAGGAAGCAGCGAUUAAUUUCAGCAUAAUAGAAACUGAGAUGAAGAUGCUCAAAAUUGACCUGAAGAAGCCUAUUAAUAUCAGAAACAAAGAAGUGAUGAAAAUAGAAAUUCAUUUUGAAUUGCAAUUCAACAUAGCACAAGCUUCCAUUAAAGCUUUAGGAGAUGACAAACAGGUGAGGCCUGACCAGACGAAAAUCUCCUCAGACGGUUCUGGUGAGUUUGAGAAAGAAGACACUGAGAUUCCUAGCAGCCACGAAAGAGAGACAGACCAAGCAAAGGAAUCUACCGAGCUGGCAGAGUUAACCAGUGCUGAAGAUAACAAUUGCCCAACAACUCUCCCCUUAAAUAACCAGUCUGAGCCUACUGUGAGUACAGGGAACUGGGGACAAGAUUCUGAACUGUAUCCACCAGGAUGCUGGCAGAUAUUGACGUUUCUGGAACAGCCAAUAUUUAAUUAUAGGAAACACCUCUUCUCGGAGAGUAAUGAAGACUCAAGUACUAGUGCCAGUGAACUGUCUUGGACCAGUAACCAAAAAAGGAAAUCCCUAAAGUCAUAUACUAAUAGAAAAAAGAUAAGAACCAGAAGUAACAUAAAAACCUUGCCACUUUUCCCCCUCAGUAGUGGCAGUGACCUUGAGAAAGAUGAAGCUAAAAUUCUAACACCAUUACGGAAAGAUACCUCUAGGCAAAAUAAUGUCACACCUCCAAAAAUUUCUGGAACGGAAUUUCAGAGUAGUUCUGCCUUUUUAACUCCUGAAGAUUCUGCCCAGAAGAUAGAACUUCAAAGUCCCCCCCCACCGAGCGAUCUCUCUUCCUUGGAGCACUCAGAUGUUGAAGAAAAUGUAUCUGAGACUGUGGCCCAGGAGUCAUUGGUGAAAAGUACUGGCUUCAAACAUAAACUGCAAAACUUGGAAGACAGAGACAGAGCAGAUGGUCAUUUCGCUAAGGGGAAACAGUCGCGAUUGGAAGAAGGUGAUGCUCCAGGAUGCCUUUCCUCAGUGGCAGAAGAAACAGACUUGGCAGAAGGCAUUUCUACCUCAUCCUUAAAAGUUAUUCCAGAGAACUUGAAAGGUUCUGCAAUGAUCACCACCUUUGAAAACUUCACUAGAGAACUGAAAAGAAAAUACGAGGUUAGGUACAGAAGGAGCCCACUUUAUUCAGAAACUGCAAAGCAAGCACCAGAUUGCCUAACAAAACUUUUAAACCAGAUACAUCUGUGCAGACUGAAUAAACUAGAACAGUUUCACACUUUAGUUCUUCAAGAGCUGAGCAAUCUUGAAAAGGAUAUUGGGGGUCUGCAACGCCUUGAGGAGGAUGUUCUGGAAUUUUGGGGGAAACAGUCUGAUGAUCUGAAAUCAUUCUGUGAACUGCAGCUGCUGAGUCUGAGCCAUGGGAAGGAGAUAAAUCUACCUCAAGCCACAGAAGCGGUGCCUUAAUGCUCUGUGCUCAUUCACUCCAAAUGGAAUUCCUGAGACCAGUCAAGUUGGAAUAGUCCGUAAUAUGUUGGUAGUUUGUCCAUUUGUUUACAAAGGUUAAGCUUUUGUAUUAAAAUUUCAUCAGAAAAUAAGAAAUUCAGGAUGUUUAGCAACUUGGAGUGAUUUGCUUUUUUUUUAAAAUGAUUCUUUAAAGGAAAAUUGAUUUUUGAGAAGUGUCUUCAAGUUAUUUGGGGGCAGGGAAACCUCAGCAUCUGUAUAUAUACUACUUAGUAUAUCUCUUUAAGGGAGGGUUUACUUUUAUUUUCAUAGCUCAGAUGAAAAUGGUGUUGUAUUUUGAAAUAGUUACUCUUUCAUUUGAUCUGCAAAUGUUCUAGUUUCUGUAGAACUUUAACAA